GUCACACUAGAAUUGCAGUUUUAGUGCGGGUGAACGUGUGAACGCGAGUCGGAAAAUACGGAUUACACGGAUUAUACGGACAUUACGGAAGUUGUACGGAGACGCGACUGGAAGAAAGCCGUGAAAUGUGUUCAGUUGCCAGCAGCAGCCAUUAGCCUAUCAGCAGUGUUAGAAGUUAACAGUGAUACAACGUGCCUGGAACGCAGCCACAGAACAAAAAAAGCAAAAACCUCGGUGACUGGGAGCGUAAGAAGCAGCAGCGGAAUAAUCAACAAAGGCGGCAAACAUGGCGACUGAAAUCGACGAGUUGAUUGAACAACUGAAGACGACCAGCGUCAGUGCGGCGAACACGACCAACUUGCUCUGCGAGAUCUCGGCCACAAAGGAUCCCAAACUCUUCGACAAGCAUGAGCUGGCGGAGUGCUUCCUGGGCCUCACCAAGUGCGACGACACGAACGUGCGCAAGGAGGCGGCCAAGUGCAUUGCGGAGAUCACCAAGUCCGAGGUGCAGCGCAAGAAAUUCACCAAGAGGAACAUAAUAGCCGCAUUUCUGGAGUGUUUGCGCCACGUGCCCACGCCCGACGGCAGUAUGGAGCUGCCCAUACAGAUAUGUCGGGCUCUGGGUAACAUUUGCUACUUGAACGACGAGGCCAGGGAUUUAAUUCUCGAGCUGGAGGGCGAUGCUGUUCUGCUGCGACUGCUGGACAUCACAACCAUCGAGGAUGCUACCAAUGCGGCGCAGUUCAUCAAAGUGCGUGGUGGUCUGUUGUCCAACUAUCUUCUCGGAGGCGAGGGCCUGGCUAAGCGGGCUAUGGAGCUGGGCGUGAUGAAGAAGCUGCAAGGCAUCAUAGACAUUGGCGCCUCCAAUGUGGAACAGCAUGAGGAUCUGCUGCUGAACACGCUUCCACUUCUUAGUAUACUCACCGAGAACGUGGCGGAUCUGAACUUCGAAUCCUCCCUGAACAUCCAGCUGUCUCGCAUUCUGGCCGCUUCCAUAAAUCCCGAUCUUGCCGAGAUGUGCCUGGAGCUGCUCCAUUACCAGGCGGAGAGCGACGAGGUCAAGCUUAUUUUGGCCAAGGACGGUCUGUGCGAAACCAUCUACAACCUGCUGGAAAAGUACAAAACUCUGGCCAGCACAAGUGAGGCCAGAGCGCUGAUGAAGCUCGCCUGCGAACUCAUCGUAUUAAUCCUUACGGGUGAUGACUCAAUGCACUAUUUGUACACCACGCCGUUGCUAAAGAACAUGGUGGAUUGGCUGGACUCGACGGACAUCGAUCUGCUAACCACCGGCGUGCUGGCCUUGGGCAACUUUGCGCGCACCGAUAGCCACUGCAUCUACUUUGUGGAGCAGCAGACCAUGAACAAGCUGCUCGAAGUGCUGGCCAAGAACAACGGCGUCAAGGACGAUGUACGCCUGCAGCACGCUCUGCUCUCCGCGCUGCGCAACCUGGUCAUUCCGAAGCCCAACAAGAACGCGGUAAUCCAGGCUGGCCUGGUACAGACUAUUCUUCCCAUGCUGGAAAUACACCAGCCACCAGUCGUCUUCAAGCUGCUGGGCACGCUACGCAUGACCGUCGACGGACAGGAGAAACUCGCACUGGAGCUGCUGAAGAACAAAACACUGAUCGAGCAGCUGGUGCACUGGAGCAAAUCGUCGGACUAUGCGGGCGUCACCGGAGAGUCUUUGCGCCUCAUGGCCUGGCUAAUCAAGCACGCCUACCUCAGCAAAAUCGCAUACGCCCUGCCGCGCAAGGGCGAUGCACCCGCCGAACAGAUUGCCGACAAGAUCCCACUUACCCAGGACUACGAUCGCAGUAGCUUGAGCGAGUUCCUUGCCAACGAGGGAACCGUGGAGGCCAUGGUCAGCAUGCUCACGGCUCAGCACCUGGUGAUGCAGAACGAGGCGCUGAUUGCCCUGUGCAUCCUGUCCGUGGUGUACCUCUCGCAGGCGAGCGAGGCGGCGCAGGCCCAGCGCCUGCAGGACGAGCUGGUCAAGUGCGAGGUCGGCAAGAAGCUGGCUGAGCUCAUCAGCAAGUCGUCGGACACCAUGACCAAGGAGAUUGUCGAGAACCUGCAGAACUGCGUGAACUUGCUCAAGUCUUCAGAACAGCUGGUGGCGCAUCUGGAACAGCAUAACAUCAACGAGCUGCUAAAGUCUAUACCCAUUCUCACCGAAUACUGCACGUUGUAAGAAAAAAGGGGACUGUCAUUGCAUUUAUCCCAGCACCGCAGGAUGCCUCACAGUAGGAUGGGUCGAUUUGUAGGAUUGAACAAAACAUAAAUACGUUAGGGGUAAGCAGUUAUCUUUGGAAAAUUCUGUUUAUCCUACCAUAAGAAACGCCAGUACUUAGUCGUAACAAUACAGAAAUGAAUACCUUGCGUUAAUGUCCUUAAUUCCCCUUUACUACCUAAAAGCUUUUUUGUUAAAUUGUAAUAAAAUCAGCUCAAUUGAGA